AUGCUCCGUCAAUCUAUUGUUCGACCUUUGUCCACCGCCAACCGGUCCCUCGUCACGCGGUCUUUCUCUGCGCUGGCCCCCAGAAUGGGUGAAGGCGACACCGGCGCUCCCAGACCGGGCGGUACGGCUCAAUCUGAUCAAUUCCAGCGUCGUGAAGCCGCUCAGGAAAACCUCUACAUCUACGAGAAAGAACGGGAGAAGCUGCGAAAACUGAAGCAAUCCAUUAAGGAGCAGCGUGAGCACUUGGAUAAGCUGGAUGAGCACAUUGACGAGUUGACCAAGAGCCAGGGUGGUGAGCAGAACUAG